AGGAUCCUAGAGUCAGAAGGGAGUACUUAGGGCCAUAUAGUCCAACCCACCUUCUGCCAUGUUGGAAUACAUAGGAUCCUAGAGUCAGAAUGGACUACUAAGGGUCCUCUUUCACUUUUUAAUUCACAGAACAGAGCAUCUCUUUAUCUUCUCCGAAUCGUCCAUCUUGAGAUGCAUUGAUGUUCAAGAUGACUCCGGAUCCCAUCCGCCGCUUUUCGCAACACCGCCAUUUUACCCGGAUGUUCCUUGUUCGACGUGGCGUUUGACGGGGCAGGCAAUGCCAUGGCGACGCAAAUCGACGUCGGCGCCACUCUCUCUUCCUUGACGAACAUCUGUGAGCACCGGAAUGAGGUGGCCUUGCAACGUGCUUUCGCCAGCCCGUUUUCUGACGCCGGCGCCAAAAACGGUGACCGCGCAGACGAGGGUGACAAAUACGGGACCCACGCCGUUCAGACGUCCACCAUGCCUCCGGCCGCCUCCCGGCCGCGCUUGACCCCUCGGCCAUUCUCAAGGGCGAAGUCUUGGGAAACGUUUGCCGCGGUCAAACCUCCCGUUGCGACCCUCAAAUACGAAGAUAUGGUGGCGGCGGCAAAAGUAUCAAACGUCCCACCGUUGUUGGACCAAAAAUCAAUCGAGAACAAAUCCUCCAAGGACUUUGAGGCAAGUAUCCCUUUUUAUCCGAACCCACCGUCAAAUGCCGUCAUCCUCUUUGAAACGGCGAGUAGCGAGAAAGCUAAAGCGCGAGUAAAUCCGGAUAAAGUGUUCGCCGUAUGCGGCGCUCAACAGGAUUAUGUUCCUUCUCCAUUGGCGGAUUUACGGACGCCCCGUAAUAAAUCCCUCGAAAGAAAAGAUACCUUUUCGGGAUCCGCCGAUAUUGGAAAAUGUGUGAUGAGUGCGGCGCGGACGAACCCGCGACCGGUGUCCGCCAUCAUCUUGGAAUCGUUAAAAGACAAAAAAAAGAGCGUUACUGGUAUCCCCAAUGAGGUGAAACCCGAAAAACCAUGCAGUCGCAAACCGAGACCGCUGUCGAUGGACCUCACCGCGAAGUUCGAAAAUUUAUCGGCGCAGACGAUGUCUCGCCGGUCCGAAGGCAACGAAAUGCCGGGUUCGGGUCCGUCCGAUUAUUCGAAACUGAAUCCAGAGGUUGCUGACGAAAGCAAAGCCGUGACGCCGAUCCAGAAAUCCGCUCCGGAUGACAGUUUCGAGAGGAAAACCCCAUGGCACAAAAAUCACGACGAAGAUCUUGCGGCGAUUGCAGACAAAAGCAAACCGGCGUCUUUGGUCCUAAAUCGUAACGAGUCUCAUUUUGGGGUUGAAAACGUGGCAGAUUGCACGGAGGUCGGAAACAAAUCUUUGAAAGGUGUCCGGAAAACCGCGGAUACCCCAGAUCUGGCGGCGACUGUGUCAUCUGCGGGACCCUUCCCCGGAAGCUCCGUGAACGAGACGAGGGUUAUGAACAUUCAACAGAGGAUCAAAGAACUGACCGGAGACAAUGCAGACCUCAAACAUGGCAACCUUCGGCGGUCUUUUCGAUCUCGGCCCCUUUCUUCGGAUUUGAUGAAGAUGUUUUCUGGCUCGCCGGCACCCGAGAAGCUGCCGGACGUGACGCGGAAGUUGCCCGGCGAGUCACAAGACGCUGAAGAGGUGAGGGAAAGCAUCGCGCGGUUUUGGUGUUUUCUCCGAACGUGAAAGGAAG